AUGCCAGAGAUUAAGGAUAAAGGCAUCUUACGGCAAGUGGAGACCCUCACUUCAAAACUAAGGCGACGGCAGCUCGCCGGCGCACAGGAAUCAGCCAUCGAAACGACGCUUUUAAUAAAGUAUAUUGUCGCUCAUGCCAAGUUUGCCACCAUUCACGAACUCAUUGCCAUAAUCAAGGCCGCAGGCAGGCGCCUUGUCGAAGCGCAACCCAAAGAACAUACUGUCGGCAAUGUUGUACGUCGAAUACUACGACUUAUCCGCGAGGAGUGGGCAGCCAGCGUCAACAAACCCGUCGACGAGGGCGAUCAGCCGAUGACGACUGAGGAUUCACAGACAGAGACCGGGGAGAUGUCGACACAGAGUUCUCCAAGAUCGUCGACUCUCAGCGUUGGAGAACAGACGCCGCUAAUGACGCCUGCCACGCCGAGACCCGUCGUUUCGGAUUCCCAGUACUCCCUCUCCAACUUUGUAUUGCAUGGGAGACCGCAUCGAGAAGCCACCGACUUUGCAUCGGUCUAUGCAGCCACAAUACAGGAAAGCUCGACGACUCCCAAAAAAAGUGCACAGUCAAUCAGACCAGCUCUCAUAUCCGCGAUCGAAGAAGUGAUGGACGAGCUGGAAACUGUGUUUGAGACUGUUUCGAGUUCUGCUAAAGACCAUAUCCACUCUGAUGAAAUUGUACUCACACUUGGCAUGUCACGGACAGUCGAGGCGUUCCUCAAGAAAGCAGCACUUGAUCGAAAGUUUACUGCCCUCGUCGCGGAGGCCGCACCCUCAUUCAGUGGGCAUCAAUUGGCACAAUCCCUUGCCUCCUCCGGCAUCAACACCAUCCUGAUCCCCGACUCGGCCGUCUAUGCAGUCAUGUCGCGCGUGAACAAAGUCAUCCUCGGUGCACAUGCGAUCCUUGCCAACGGCGGAGUUUAUGCCGUCGCUGGAUCGAUUCUUGCCGCGCAUGCUGCACAGACCCAUCGUACUCCUGUCGUCUUCUGCGCCGGCCAGUUUAAGCUCUCACCCCUAUGGAACGUGUAUCACACAUACGGUUCACUCGAUUUUGCCAAUCCAGCACACAUCCUUGGCUUCCAAGAAGGCAAGCUCAUGGAUCAGGUUGAUGUUCUCAAUCCGGCGUAUGAUUAUGUUCCGCCCGAGCUGAUCAACGUGUUCAUUACCAAUGACGGUGAUAUCCCUCCAGCUUCGAUGAACCGACUCGUCAAAGAGACGUAUGAUAACGAGGACUAUCAACUAUAG